UUGCCUAACCUUAGACAUGGACCCCUCUCUGUGUCUCUUUCUUAACUACCAUCUCUUCUCCCAACUUAAAACUCAUCCAUGGAUUCCCACAACCUCCACAACCCUCUCUUUCUCUCUCUGUCUCUGUAGAUCUCUCUAGAAUAUUCAUAUUCAUGGGGAAUGCAGCUUCUUGUGCUCCUUCAAUCAUCUCCAAUGGAGUAGUAAAGAUUCUCCACUUCAAUGGUUCCAUGAAAAUCUACAUAAAGCCAGUAAAAGCAGCAGACAUAAUGCUAGAAAACCCAGGAAAAUUUCUUUGUAAUUUCAGCAGUCUCAAAGUUGGCCAGAGAAUUUAUGGUGUUUCAGCUGAUGAAGAUCUACAGAGACACCAACUUUACUUUCUUCUUCCUAUGAAGUUGCUCUACUCUGUUCUUACACAUGAUGAAAUGGCUUCUCUCACCUCCAUAGCAACAGCCAAAGCUUUCAAGAACAGUAAUUUGGCUAAGAUUUUUCCAGUUUUUAGUGAGUUUUGUAUCUUUCAAGCUUCAGAGAUGAAGAGAAUGGAUCAUGUUGCUGCUUCAACUCCAUGGUCUGAUCAUAAUGAUGCUGCUGCUGUUAAUGAUGAUGAUGAUGAGUCAAAGGUUGUUGAUCAGAGAUUCUUCAAGCAAAGAUCAUGGAGGCCUGCUUUGGAGACCAUUGUUGAAACUCCAUGCAUGUAGGCCAAUCUCAUCCAUGUUACAAUUUUUUUUUUUUUUUUCGAAAAUGGUCCAAGUCAGCUUUUUGAACUUUUGAUCAAAAUUUAAUUAAAUUCAUUUAUUU